CGCAUGGAGGACCCCGCGGCCCCCGGGACCCCCGCCCCGCCAGCUAACGGCAACUGCAACGGUGGCGGCAAAGGGAAGCAGGCAGCGGCCAAGGGCCGGGAGGCGUUCCGAAGCCAGCGGCGGGAGUCGGAGGGCUCUGUGGACUGCCCCACUCUGGAGUUUGAGUACGGCGAUACAGAUGGACAUGCAGCGGAACUGGCAGAAUUGUAUAGCUACACUGAGAACAUGGAAUUCACCACGAACAGGAGGUGCUUCGAAGAAGAUUUCAGGACUCAAGUGCAAAACAAGGAAUGGCUGGAGUUGGAAGAAGAUGCCCAAAAGGCUUAUGUGAUGGGACUCCUGGACCGGCUGGAGGUGGUCAGUAGGGAGCGGCGACUGAAGGUGGCCCGAGCUGUCCUCUACCUGGCUCAGGGCACUUUUGGGGAAUGUGAUUCAGAGGUGGAUGUGCUACACUGGUCCAGGUACAACUGCUUCCUGCUCUAUCAGAUGGGGACCUUCUCGACCUUCCUGGAGCUACUGCACGUGGAAAUCGACAACAGCCAGGCCUGUAGCAGUGCCCUUCGAAAACCAGCCGUCUCCAUAGCAGACAGCACAGAGCUCCGGGUGCUGCUGAGUGUCAUGUACCUAAUGGUGGAAAAUAUCCGCGUGGAACGAGAGACAGACUCCUACGGGUGGAGGACAGCUCGGGAGGCCUUCCGCACUGAGCUGAGCUUCUCUGUGCAUAAUGAGGAGCCUUUUGCCCUUCUGCUCUUCUCCAUGGUUACCAAGUUCUGCAGCGGCCUGGCCCCCCACUUCCCCAUAAAGAAGGUCCUGCUUCUGCUUUGGAAGGUGGUCAUGUUCACCCUUGGUGGAUUUGAGCAUCUUCAGGCCCUCAAAGUGCAGAAGCGGGCAGAACUGGGCUUGCCUCCGAUGGCUGAGGACAGCAUCCAGGUGGUGAAGAGCAUGCGCGCCGCCUCCCCGCCCUCUUACACGCUCGACCUGGGGGAGUCGCAGCUGGCGCCACCACCCUCCAAGCUGCGAGGCCGCCGUGGCUCUCGAAGGCAACUCCUCACGAAGCAGGACAGCCUGGACAUCUACAAUGAAAGGGAUCUCUUCAAGAACGAGGAACCAGCCACAGAGGAGGAAGAGGAGCCUGCUGGCGAUGGAGAGUUAGACUUGCUGGAACAGGACCCUCUGGUACCACCGCCACCCUCACAAGCGCCCCUCUCUGCUGAACGGGUGGCCUUUCCCAAGGGCCUUCCCUGGGCCCCAAAGGUCAGACAGAAGGACAUCGAGCACUUCUUGGAGAUGAGCAGGAACAAGUUCAUCGGAUUCACCCUGGGGCAGGACACGGAUACCUUGGUUGGAUUACCCAGACCCAUCCAUGAGAGUGUGAAGACCCUUAAACAGCACAAGUAUAUCUCCAUCGCAGACGUGCAGAUCAAGAACGAAGAGGAGCUGGAGAAAUGCCCCAUGUCUUUGGGGGAAGAGGUGGUUCCAGAGACGCCGUGUGAAAUCCUCUACCAGGGCAUGCUGUACAGCCUCCCCCAGUACAUGAUCGCUCUGCUUAAGAUUCUGCUGGCCGCAGCCCCCACCUCCAAGGCUAAGACAGACUCUAUCAAUAUCCUGGCAGACGUCCUGCCCGAGGAGAUGCCCAUCACUGUUGUACAGAGCAUGAAGCUGGGCAUUGAUGUGAACAGACACAAAGAGAUCAUUGUCAAGAGUAUCUCUGCCCUGCUCCUCCUACUUCUCAAACACUUCAAGCUCAACCACAUCUACCAGUUUGAAUAUGUAUCACAACAUUUGGUAUUUGCCAACUGCAUCCCGUUGAUCCUGAAGUUCUUCAAUCAAAAUAUCUUGUCCUAUAUCACUGCCAAAAACAGCAUCUCCGUCCUGGAUUACCCUUGCUGCACCAUCCAGGAUUUGCCGGAGCUUACUACUGAGAGCCUGGAGGCUGGAGACAACAACCAGUUCUGCUGGAGGAACCUCUUCUCCUGCAUCAACCUCCUGAGGCUCCUCAAUAAGCUGACCAAAUGGAAACAUUCCAGGACCAUGAUGCUGGUGGUGUUCAAAUCGGCCCCGAUCUUAAAGCGGGCCCUCAAAGUGAAGCAGGCCAUGCUGCAGCUGUACGUCCUGAAGCUGCUGAAGAUCCAGACCAAGUACCUGGGGCGCCAGUGGAGAAAGAGCAACAUGAAGACCAUGUCGGCCAUCUACCAGAAAGUGCGCCACCGCUUGAAUGACGACUGGGCCUACGGGAACGACAUCGACGCGAGGCCAUGGGACUUCCAAGCAGAAGAGUGCACCCUGCGGGCCAACAUCGAGGCUUUUAACAGCCGCCGGUAUGACAGACCCCAGGACUCUGAAUUUUCACCUGUGGAUAAUUGUUUGCAGAGCGUGCUAGGGCAGAGGCUGGAUCUGCCUGAAGAUUUCCACUAUUCCUACGAGCUCUGGCUGGAGAGAGAGGUGUUUUCACAGCCCAUCUGUUGGGAGGAGCUACUCCAGAAUCACUGAGCCCUUGUCAACAAAGCAUCUACUAGAUGGAGGUUGGCUCCAAUAAAUGGUGCUCUGUCUACCCUGCCCACUCAGCCUCUGUUUCCAGCUCCAGGACUGCUUGUUCUGGGAGACCUGGCCCAGCCCAGGGACAUGAAGUGUAGUUCAGGGCUAGUAUGGGAACUUGGAGACCUAGAGAUGGUGUGAGGCUGCUGUCUGACUUGCCCAAGGGUUCGGUUGGCUGCCCAGUUGACUUUGGAAAUCUCUGGGUGGAUCAAUCCUUGCCGGUUCUUUGGUGGGACCUCUGCCCACCUGAGUCUUAGCUAGACCCAGGGCUAGCCUCUGCUGGCUCCCAGAAGGAGACGUUGGUGAAGACGUCGGGCCCAUGGCAUUCAUCACAGGGAGGGAGCAGGUGCAGGUCACACAAUAGGCACACGUUUUCCUGCUCACCCUGGAUUCCUAGGACUCGUCAGAAGUGCGGUAAAACCAACUUUGAGGUGAAGUGUAUUUUACAUUUUAAAAUCUGAGACACUUCUUUCUAAAAUCGUUAGCUCUAAGAUGACUUUGGAGCACCUGCACCUUCUUUGUGGAGGAUGAUGACUUUCAGUUCCCUAAAUGCCGCAUGUUACACAAAAGUGUAUGUAGAGGGUUUUUUCCCUUUAUUUCCAAAGAGAUCUGUGUUCAAUAUGAAAAUUACUCCCUUGCGUACCUUGUAUAGGGCAUGAAGUACACUGCCAUUUUUAAAGGGCCACAAUCAGCACGAAACAAUCAGCCCCUCUCUAAGGAUGCUUCUUGUUUUUCUCAAACUACUUCAGUCUUAAAAUGGCCGCACACACUGCAGAAAAUUAUCCUUUUCAUCCAAGUCAUUUUUUUUAAUGACAAGCUGACUACAGGGGGUUUUAUUUAUUGAGCUGUCGUGUCCAUUUGUGCCCAUGAUUGAUUUAUUUUUAAUUGAAAAGAACAGCAAGAGCAUCACAGCUGGCCAUUUUUCUUCUCCUCCAAUGUUGAUUAGUGUUUUUUUUCCCCCUUUUUACUGCUAGCAGUUUCAACGUGUCAUGUGGAGAUGUAGCAAUCCUGCUCCUACCUACACGUAUUGUACUUUUCACUGCAGAUGGAAGGGUUGAUGCAUCAGCCUCUCUGUACUUCUCUCUUCCACAGCGGAGUCACAUCCUCCCCCCCCAGCGAAACAGGCUCGUAGGAAAGUCCCUGACUCAGCCAGGAUAUCUUACUGCUCUGUGUCCCCACCAUUGUCAUCUAGAUCUUCACGCUCCUUUAACGCCACCCCAAGGGCAGACACCGCUGAUCUCUUUAUGACGGCACCGGGAGCACACUCUGGAGGUCUAGUCCAAGCUGGCUUAUUCACCCUUCCCUUUGUCAGCCACAGUCUCGUUAGGAAGCCAUGGUAGGACUCUGGCGAUAUCUGCAGGAGCUGUAUCAACAUAUCACAAUUAAACUGGGUUUUACCUCUUUGUGUUUGCAGAUAGCAGGGUUUCCGUUUUUAUAGAAAAGUCCUGAGGAAUGUAAGCAUGCAAUGGAUGAACUUCUUAAAAGAAACUGUAAAUUCUCCGUAGGCAGGAUGAAGUCUCCCCUGUAAUCAAAAUAAUUUACUGAGCAUAGCUUCUGUGGAUUUUAUUCACCCAGGACCAGCCCAAUAUGAUUUUAAUAUAACUCGCAUGGAAAGACAAGUUGUCAAGGAGAGAGCAACCUGUAGUUCAUUCACUUUGUGUCAGGGAUACGUUGCCCUUUUAAAAGCAUGCACAAGUAUGUCCUCGGAGGCACAGAGGCAUGCUAAGGUCUCACAUGUCACCCACCGUUCGUUACUUACAACUCCUGCGUGAGGGAAGGUUAAUUCUCAGUGCAUGUAUAGCCACUAAAGCACCAAGGACGAAUGAUUAGCUUCAAAUCACAGCGAGUUUCCCCAGGCUCGCUGGGCCUGGCUCUCGGGACCUGCUGCCCAGCCCUGUAUGCUAAGGUAGCCAAGCUGAAUCUCCAGUCUGGGAGCCCAUCUGUGUGGUCAGGGAUAAAUUCAUGUCAACUGACUUCCAAUGGUGAUUGCUGUUCCUAUGUAGAACACAUGAGUGAUUUGUAAAGAGAAGAUUUUUACUUGUGAAUAUUUCAGCAAAAGUUUAUGUUGAUUGAUAACACUGUUAUCUACUGAAGCACUUUAAUAAAAAGAAAAAUAA